GUUAGUUAAACAGAAAUGGCUCAUAACCUGUUGGUCUUGGAGAUUUUCUCUGUGCCCACCCACACCAUGAUUUUUGCCUUUAUAUGCCUGAGUCACAGUAUCAUAGUCCUCAUGCACGACCGCAAACAACAUCCUGACACAUCAUUCAAGAUGGUGCUGCUGCUUCUGCUGAUGGUGCUGACAUCGUGUGCUGCCCUUCCACAAAACAUGGCGGAUAAAAUGUUCACUUUCCCACAAGAAACCAACACAGCUCACGUGAGGUUAACUGUAACGACACAGAAUCUGGGAGCUGUAAGUGUCUGUUUCAGGUCCUUUACAGACCUCACAAGAGAACACGCAUUCUUCUCUUUGGCGACACCCUCUGCUUCCAACGACAUCCUUAUCAUCAAGAAGCCUAGGAGUGAUUUGUUUGACCUGCUGUACAAAAAUGUGGGUGUAGGGUUUCCAGGGCAAGACUACAAGCAGAACACGUGGCACUCCAUUUGUACCACGUGGGAUUCUACGUCUGGACUGGGACAGCUGUGGCUAGAUGGAAUGCCCUCGAGUAGGAAAUUCAUCAGCUCUGGAUCCGACAUCAGCGGACCCAUUAUAAUUGUUUUAGGACAGGAUCAGGACAACCACGGUGGGGGGUUCGAUGUCAAACAGUCUUUCACUGGCAUGAUGUCUGAUGUGCACAUGUGGGACUACAUCCUUUCCCCAUGCGAGAUCAUGAACUACGUGGACGAUCAAAACUUGACUCCAGGGUCUGUGCUGAACUGGAAUUCUUUGGACUUUCAGAUUGUAGGACGAGUGCUGAUAGAAGACAAGCAAAAGCAGUGUCUGUAAGAAGCUUCUCCAUGUCUUGGACGUUUAAACUACACACAAAAAUAAUUCUAGCGUUUUGCAUCCUUGAGUCAUUAUUUUUUUGUGCAAGAGCCUUACUCUGCCACAGAGCAAGACUUCGAAAGUAAUAUCUUUGAACAGACAGUAACUUUUGUGCCUGCACAGUGUCACUGAGAGUUUGUGCUUUACCUAAAACCUUCUUUUCAAUGACCUAAAACAAAACUGAACAAAAGGAAAUAAAAUUGUCGGCCCACACUGGACUCAAACACCAA